CGAGCGGCGGUCUCGAGCUAGCCAAGCGCGCCCCCCGCCCGUGCCAGCGGUGCCGCGCCGGGCGGCGUCUGGGCGGCAUGGAGAAGGACGGCCUGAGCCGCGCGGACCAGCAGUACGAGUGCGUGGCGGAGAUCGGGGAGGGCGCCUAUGGGAAGGUGUUCAAGGCCCGGGACCUGAAGAACGGAGGCCGUUUCGUGGCGCUGAAGCGCGUGCGGGUGCAGACGGGCGAGGAGGGCAUGCCGCUCUCUACCAUCCGCGAGGUGGCGGUGCUGAGGCACCUGGAGACCUUCGAGCACCCCAACGUGGUCAGGUUGUUUGAUGUAUGCACAGUUUCACGAACAGACAGAGAAACCAAACUGACAUUAGUGUUUGAACACGUCGAUCAAGACUUGACCACUUACUUGGAUAAAGUCCCGGAGCCUGGUGUGCCCACUGAAACCAUAAAGGACAUGAUGUUUCAGCUUCUCCGAGGUCUAGAUUUUCUUCAUUCUCACCGAGUAGUGCAUCGUGACCUAAAACCGCAGAACAUUCUGGUGACCAGCAGCGGACAAAUAAAGCUGGCUGACUUCGGCCUUGCCCGCAUCUACAGUUUCCAGAUGGCUCUUACCUCAGUGGUCGUCACGCUGUGGUACAGAGCUCCAGAAGUCCUGCUUCAGUCCAGCUACGCCACCCCCGUGGACCUCUGGAGUGUUGGCUGCAUAUUUGCAGAAAUGUUUCGUAGAAAGCCUCUUUUUCGGGGAAGUUCAGAUGUCGAUCAGCUUGGAAAAAUCUUGGACGUAAUUGGACUCCCAGGAGAAGAAGACUGGCCUAGAGAUGUCGCCCUUCCCAGGCAGGCAUUUCACGCAAAAGCUCCUCAGCCGAUUGAGAAGUUUGUAACAGAUAUUGAUGAACAAGGCAAAGACCUACUUCUGAAGUGCUUAACAUUCAAUCCAGCCAAAAGAAUAUCAGCCUACAGUGCCCUGUCUCACCCAUACUUCCAUGACCUGGAGAGGCGCAAGGAGAACCUGGACGCCCGUCUGCCACCCAACCAGAACAGCUCAGACAUGAACACAGCCUAAGGCCCCCGCCACUGCCUUGUGCUGAUCACCCGGAGAACACCCUUGGUGGCUGAUGCCACCCCUCCCUCACCCUGAGUAAGCCCCAGCAGAGCUGCUGAGGAUCACUGGCUGGGGACCUUCUAGUUGCCGUCUUCUGGACGGGCUCUGCUUCUCCAUGGAAACCGCUUAGUUUACUGUUUUGAAAUCAAUGCAAGAGUGAUUGCAGCUUUAUGUUCAUUCGUUUGUUUGUCUGUCUGUUUGUUUCGAGAACCUGGAAAAAUUCCAGAAGAAGAGAAGCUGCUGACCAAUUGUGCUGCCAUUUCAUUUUUCUAACCUUGAAUGCUGCCAGUGUGAAGUGAGCAAUCCAGGCACAGCUGAGUUAUGAUGUAAUCUCUCUGCAGCUGCCCUAGCCUGAUUCGGUACUUUUGAGUGAGAGUGUGUGUGUGUGCGUGCAUGUGUGUGUGUGUGAUUCUUGUUCUCUUAAAGUGUUACUUUCUGUAAACAACAAGAAGAAUUGAAUUUGAAAGACUCAAAGCGACCUAUAAAUAACAGGUUUCUGUUGACUACAGGUGAUUUAUCAGAAUGGGCUUCUUGAAUUAGAAAGUUGAGCUCAUGUCCUCAGAAUUUCAUGGUCAAAAGCAGUAAGUUUGCUAGCAUUAAAAGGUUCACUAUCUAGAUGAGGUUUUAUACACACAACAAAAGGAAAAAAAAAUACUGGUAUCUUUUAAGAGACCUGUUUUUUUAAAGCAUACAUUCUAGUUACUCUUCCAAAAAAGCUGAAUUUACUCAGUAUAAGUCCAUUUUAACUUGUUUUAUAUGCUUUUAUUGUUUAUUUUUGAAAAAUACCCUUAUAAGCUUUUUCUUACUUGCUAUAGAUUUAGGGAGUAUACCUCAAAUAGGUAAAAUUUGUCAAAAAAAAAAUUAGAGAAAGCCUUUAUUUCCUGAUUUGAAAUCUGUUUCCUUCUUGGGUUUUGUUGUUACUUUAUUUUGCUUUUGAUUUUAGGAAUUUGUCAGAAACUGUUUGCUGUCUUGGUGUGGAGAAUAGUUCUCUCUGACCAGAGACAGGAAUACCAUUUAAGUUUUCCCUAUUACACUGUACAUUUUGUACCAUGCACUGCCUUGUUUGCAAAGUGUCCAUCCUAUCUAUCCCCCAAGACCUCUAAUAUAUAGUACUACCAUUACAUAACUGAUAACAGAUUGCCCACACUUUUCACAAACACCUCCUGCUUGCUUGCUUUCAGUGGCCCUUUUGUGAAUACUUAGAUUCAGAUUGUGGUUUGUGGCUCCGAUUUUGCGAUCCUAACAGGGCCCCCCCAGUAUGUCCUCAUUCUCAUGCAAUCUUCCUACCUGGCAUUCAUUGUUGUUAUCUAGGCAGUGAGUAGAGGACUGGUUCUUCUCUUAUCACCAGCACAUAGAUUGCUUUAAACAGUUACUUAGUGUUUUACAAUUUUUGUAGAAUAUAUUGUCAGUUAGAAUCAGAGGGAAUGUCUUUAACUGUUGUUUAGAAAUCUAUAUCUACUCUCUAAAAUGAUCUUUUCUCCAUCCCCCAGGCUGUGCUCAUUCCUAGUGCCUUGUGCCUACUCCUCCUCUCUGUAGAGCCAGCCUGACCUGGGCAUUGUGAACAGCUUUAUUUUUUUCUCUUGCCGUUUUCUCUACUGUUCUUGAUGUUCCAGUGUCAUCUCUGCCUUAUAUGUGAUUAGUGCUCAAAGACACAGAGAUUAAGCAUCUUUCUGGAAGUUUAGCUGUCUUUGCUUUCUGACUCGUGAUUUGAGUGCGUGCAACAGUUAGACUAUGUUUAGAGUUAGGGUUUUCAAAAAAUGAACAUUGCUUCCCUCAGUAGAAAAUGUUCCAGAUGAUGUUUAUAUGUUGUCAAGCCUUCCUGAAUUCUUCACAGCUCAGUAUUUCUAUACUACCAUCUUGAGCAAGAAAAAAAUUAGGAGACUUUUCUCCUGGAAAGCUUUUUUUGGGGUGGGAAUUACUCUUUUUUAAUAUAUACGUUGUUUAACAUUUUUCUAACUCAGUAACUUGAAGGGCAGGAAGAUUUGUCUAAAACCGGAUACAAAAUGAGAAGAUGGGCCAUAUGACUGUUUUACGCUUUCUUCAUUGUUCACAAUAUUGAUUAUGCUUUGUUAUCCCUUAUAAAUGCUUGAGAUAUAAUGAAUCCAGAGCCUGGGGGUUGGGGGGCGAUGUCUCUCUUGGAACAGUGAGCUCUGCUUUUCCUUUGACGGCAGGUCAGAAUAACAAGACAUUUUUGCUGGGGCCUAGACAUUAGAGUUUUAAAACUCACUGCACUGAUUCGUCAUGUGCUUUGUGUUUCACAUUCACGAUCAGAGUGUACAUAAUUUGACUCUCCUUUUUUAAGUUUUUCCUAAGUUCUCUCGAGAAAAAUGCAGCUGUUCUAAACUGGAAUUUUUCAGCAUUCUUGAGAAUUUUAAACAAGUAGAGAGCCCCACUUUAUUUCUAGCAUAUACUUUUGGUUCAUUUCUUGGUAGUGUUUAUUUAAAAAAAAAAAAAAAAGGCACAAACAGUUUCAGCAUUGGAUACUUGCAGAUUAUCCUCGGAGAGGCAGGAGGAGGAGGCACCUCAGCCUCUCUGAACUUUCAGAGUCUGACCCCAGCUCUUCCAUGCGUACUUCUUGGGAGUUGAAUGAUUACCCUCUGCUUUAUGUCUUGUAUAUCUGGCCUACCCAUUCUCGAAUGCAGAUCCCACAGAAGCACCCUUAGCAUUAGGGCACCUGGACACGUAUAGCAGCAUAGGACGUGACUGAAUACAGCUUAUUCUUCUGUGACAUAUGGUUUCAAAGGUCUUUGCCAAAAGUGAAGGCAUGGUUAGCUGCAAAGGCCACACUGCCCCAGGGGUAUACUGAAGCCUCUUAUAACAGGAAAAAUCUGGGGUCAGAUUGAAAAUCACGUUCGCAUUUCAUAAGAGAACUGGUGCUGGCCUGUGGCUGCUGGUUUCUACGUGACAGUUGUUCUGGUGGUCCAGGCACUGUGGGAACUGUGGUGUAGGCUGGAAUUCUAACAGUCCCACUGAAGAAUAAAAGAGACACCUGUCCGUUUCAGCAUCAUAAGCUAUCAUGUGGCAAAGGAAAUAAGGCCUUAAUCUUCUAACCUUAAAAACAUAGCUUCCAAGAGCUGUUAAGAACCCAGUGCCUUGGCGCCUCCCACUUUUGUCUCUCCUUUAAAGUGGACAGGAACCUAAGAAGCAAAGAACCUGUUUUGGACAAGAGCUCCGAGCCAUUUUAUCCCUCUGUAUUCUCAUGAUUUUGUCUCAGGAAUCGCACACUAGGAAUGGCACACUUUUCAUUUAGCCCAUUGUGUCUUAUGGAAAAAUAGUUCAAAGUAUUUACCUCAGAGUAGAAUCCUUACCUUUUUAAGUAAAAAUGAAAAUUUCAGAAUGCACGGGAUAUAAAGAGAAUCUGUACCCCUUACUAAAGAUUUUAUCUUUAGUUUGAUGACUCCAGAAUGCGGUACUGUCCAUCUUGGGAAAAAACCUAAAUAGUACCAAACAUUGUGAACCUUCAAUUAUGUAUUAAAAUUGAGCUUUUAACUACAGCUGCUUCUCUUAAAAGUGGUGCCUAUUAAAGUCAGUAAUGUAAUCCUCAUUCCUUUAUGGAAAUUAAAAUCAUGUAAGCUUCUAAUACAAACAUUAAAAUUCUGCUCUUCAAAUAAUUGCUUCUUAUAAGUGACAACUGGACUAUUUGUAUGAUAAGCACACAAGAGAGUGUCUAACAUUUUCCAAAAGCAGGCUUUUGUUGCAUCAUCAGGUCUAAGAAAGAGUAAUAGUAAAAGUUAACAAGCCACUGUAAUUACUUAAUUGUGUUAGUACAGAAACUAUAGAAUAUUUACCUUGGAAAGAAAAUGUUGAAACAUUAUAAAUUCUGAGGUAUUGAUAGAAUUCAGAAGAAUGCAUGUUUUACAUUGUGACAUGUUAAAACAGUGUCUUUAUUUUAUAAAAAUAAAGAUGUGACAUGAUUUCAAAAUCUUUAAAAGUCCUAAAACAGUGGACAAUGGAUAGAGGAAAUUCAGAAAAAAGUGAAGGUUUUCAAAAAAGGGUAGUUUCAAAGUUAGAUAUAUUUUGAAGGAUAGAUAUUAACAAAUAUAUUGUAAGAAUUUAUAUUACAGUCCCCUGGCAACUAUGAAAUCGAUAUGUUCUAAAACAUGUCUUACAGAAAAGCUGUUCCAAAGCAGUUGCCAUUUUAAUUAUCAGCCUGAAGAAACUAAACUACCUGUACUCCUUUCUUAGUUUGUGGGAGGAAGCAGCUAGGAGAAGCUACACUUGUUAUACAAGCCUAAGAGUGUUUGUUGUAAGAAAUACAUAUACAUACUGAAUUUUUAAAAGGCACGUUUCCUGUGCCACCAGGAUUUUUUUGAAAAACUGAAGCCCAAAUCAUGUGCAUCCAGUACAAUUCAGAUGUAUAACUAGAAACAUAGCUAUGUGCUCCUUCCCCACCAUGGAGAAACUUCUCGAGGCUACCCAAAAGCCUAUCCAGCAAUGUGAGCCCCCAGACAAUUAACAGUGGUGUUUUCCUCCACAAGCACAAGAAAACAGCAUUUUCAUUUCUUAUCCAUGCAGUUUUCAACCUCUUUGUGUUACAUACCUAUAUCUCAAGCAUUUCUAACUUGUACUUUUUCAGAAAAUAAACCACAAGGUUCCUCUGGCCUUUUCUAUCUUCUGAUGUUUGUAUACAGCAGAUAUGUGAAAGAGGAGGGGUCUGAUUUUAAGUGUUGUUGUUUUUUUUUCUCAGUUGUUUGUUUGUCUUAAUGAAUAUGAAUCAGCUUUUUCAAAAUGUUUUCUAUUUCUUAGCAUUCCCAGGGAGUUUAGAUAAAUGCAUGAACUUCCAUCAACAUAUUUAUGUUUCCUUUGAUACUGGUGCUCGGGCCUUCAGGAAGAAAACAAGAGCCUCUUGAAAACUUAUACAGGCUUUUUAUUUUUUUUCCCCCAAGCAUCUACUUAAAGACUAUUACUGCAAUUUGAAGGUUGUAAGGUAGGAAAGGGAAACGAUUUUUCUUGCAAAUGUCUGUUUUAAAUUUCACACUGACCUAAGACAUGGGCUUUCUUGUUUCAUUCCAAUAUAUUCCACAAGGUGGCACUUUCGGGGGGAGGGUGGAAUCUGAGUAAGGCUAAAGAGGUACUUUGCAAGACUUCAUUCUAACUUUAUUUUUCUGCACAUAUUUUACUCUUGCUUAGCACUUGUUUUUUGGGGAUGAUUGACCUUGAUAUUUUAGUUAUUCGCUAGGUUCUGAACAAUUGUCUGAAGGGGAGUUGUACUUGAGAGUGAAUAAUACACCCAUUUUGAUCACUUAAGUGCAUAAAGAGAGCCAAGACCUAUUUUC